AUGGGUGUUACCGGUCUCUGGACGGUGCUGCAGCCUUGUGCGCGGCCUAUCAAAUUGGAGACGCUGAACAAGAAGCGCCUCGCCGUCGACGCGUCGAUCUGGAUUUAUCAGUUCUUGAAAGCAGUUCGUGAUAAAGAAGGCAACGCCCUUCGCAACUCACAUAUUGUUGGAUUUUUUCGACGAAUCUGCAAGUUGUUGUAUUUUGGGAUCAAGCCAGUAUUCGUCUUUGAUGGCGGUGCCCCGACCUUGAAGCGACAGACGAUUGCUGCGCGAAAGAAGAGGCGGGAAGGUCGUCGAGAAGACGCAACCAGGACUGCGGGAAAGUUGCUUGCUGUCCAGAUGCAACGCACGGCGGAGGAAGAGGCAGAAGCACGGCGUCAACGACGGAAUCGUCCCUCUGGUGCGGAGGAACUUGUUCCGGAAGCCCCUGUGUACGCAGAUGAAGCCCUCAUGACGGAACAGGAAAAGCAAAGAAAUCGGAAAUUCAAGAAAAAGGAUCAAUAUCAUCUUCCAAACCUCGAUGUGUCACUCGAAGAGAUGGGCGCACCAAAUGAUCCUCGAAUCAUGUCACAGGAGGAGCUUGAAGAAUAUGCGCGGCAAUUCCAUCGUGGUCAAGAUAUCAAUCUCUACGACUUUUCAAAAAUUGACUUUGAUGGGCCCUUCUUUUUAAGUCUACCGGCAACCGAUCGAUACAACAUUCUCAACGCAGCACGACUUAGGAGUCGUCUCCGAAUGGGUUAUUCCAAGGAGCAACUGGAUACUAUGUUUCCGGAUCGCAUGGCAUUUUCCAGGUUCCAGAUCGAGCGCGUUGCAGAACGAAAUGAUCUGACUCAACGACUCAUGAACAUCAAUGGAAUGAACGGCGAGGAUGCAUUUUACAAAUCUGGACAACGAAUCGCUGGCGAGCGGGGUCGCGAAUAUGUUUUGGUCAAAGACAGCCAGAAUGAAGGCGGGUGGGUUCUGGGUGUCGUGGGCAACAAAGACGCCGGGCGCGAAAACAAGCCCAUCGAUGUGGAUCAAUACGGACAACCAGAGCAAAUAUCAGACUCAGAUGACGUGUCGGAUGAUGACGAGUUUGAAGAUGUUCCUAUUGAGGGAAUCAAUCGACUGCCUAAACUACCGUUUCUUCAGAAGGGGGUGUUUGAUGACUCCCUUCAGCACGCUCGCGAAGACAUGGAUAUGCAAAAAGUUCUCUUUGAAUCACGUCAAUUUCCACCUCUGCCCGCUCCCAGGCGCAUUGAUGAUAACGCACUUUUUGUGAAUGACGAUCGGAAUACAGCGCCACUGCCUAAUCGGCGUGACUCUGAUGUUUUUGAAGGCGAUUCAGACAGUGACCUAGAGAGAGCCAUUGCUCUGUCGUUGCAGCCAACCAAAGAGGCAGAUGAUGACAUGCCGGAUCUCUCGAUCAAUAGAGACACUGUGCAUGCUUCGGCUCCGGACAUCUCGCAGAGCUAUAUUUCAGAUAACAGUGAAGACGACAUGGACUUCUCAGCUGCUGUCGCGCAGACUAAGAUCACAAAAAAGCAGAAGCCCGUUGUCGAGAACCCUUUUUCAGGACCACUUCCUUUCGAAUCAAUCUCGCUGGGCAAGCUUGACUCGGUCAAAGAAAAGUUCGAGAAGGCUGACCAGUUAGACGAUGACGCUGGUGGAUUUCUCAAACACUCUGAUGAAGCGAAAAAGAAGAUUGAGCCGCUGCCGCCUUGGUUCGCGGGUAGCAAAGUAAGCGAUGAAUUUAUUGCCGAGCCGACCUUUGAGGAGAACAAGGACCAAGAUGAAACCGAUAAUCUCGUGGUUUUUCCCAAAAAAAGAACUCCGGACGUUAUCGAUGUGGAUGAGGCGCCAAGAUCUACAGAGGUGAUCGAUUUAGAAGCAGAUGGCUAUGCAAACGGCCAUGCGAACAAUCUGGAGAAUAUCGAUCACAUUGAAACGAGCUUGAUCAAGGAGCAGGAGAAAUCUGUGCUCAAAUUGGAUAUACGAAGCCCCGAAUCCCCAGGUGUCACCGAAAAGGAUACAGUUGGCGAUGUUCCUCAAAUGGCUCUCAAAGCUGAGGCAAAAUCUACCGUGGUCUUUCAAGAAGACGAAGAUAAGGAUGCCGUGCGCUCGGGCUCACCUCAGGCCGAAGCGUCACCGCAGCCGGAGUUUGAGGAUGUUGUGCCUCCUUCGCCUCCCCCCAUCCACGUUUCAGCACGACCUUCUCAGCCGAGUUCAGCCGCUCUCGCUGCAGCCGAUAUGCCAAGUGGGACCGAUUUAACACCCCAGUUAGAUGAUACAGAGGCCGUGCCUUUUGAUCAUGACGAUAACGAGUUCAGUGACCCAGAAGAUGAGGAUCUCAUGCGGCAAUUAGCGGCUGAAGGCGAAGAACAUGUGCGCUUCGCGCAGACCUUGAAUUCGGAUACGAUUCUCAAUCAAGUCAACUAUGAGCAAGAGCUGAAACAGCUUCGUAAUCAGCAACGAAAAGACCGACGUGAUGCGGAUGAGGUGACCCAAAUCAUGAUCAAUGAGUGUCAGCAGUUGCUACGCCUGUUUGGCUUGCCAUAUGUCACCGCGCCCAUGGAGGCGGAGGCUCAGUGUGCCGAACUCGUGACUCUGGGGCUUGUGGACGGCAUCGUCACUGACGAUAGUGAUACUUUUCUCUUCGGCGGUACCAGAGUCUACAAGAACAUGUUCAACCAGAGCAAGUUUGUAGAAUGCUAUCUUUCAUCGGAUUUGGAGAAGGAAUUCGCUCUUCACCGACAGAAGCUCAUUAGUUUCGCGCAUCUACUCGGUAGCGACUACACGGAGGGUAUUCCGGGAAUCGGCCCCGUCAAAGCGCUCGAAAUCAUCACGGAAUUUCCCAAUCUUGCAGACUUCCGAGAAUGGUGGGCUGACCUCCAGAUGGGUGUCUCCAAGCCAGACGAUACCCACGCGGCCUUUCGAAAGAAGUUUCGAAAACAAGCCUCGAAGAUCUUCCUUCCGCCGACCUUUCCAGAUACCCGGGUGGACACCGCGUACUUGGAGCCGGAAGUUGACUCUGAUCCAUCCCCUUUCCAGUGGGGUGUACCUGAUCUCAACGGUCUGCGAAACUUCCUCAUGGCUACCAUUGGCUGGAGCCAGGAGCGUACCGACGAAGUCCUGGUACCGGUGAUCCGUGAUAUGAACCGACGCGCCCAGGAGGGUACACAGUCCAACAUCACUCAGUUUAUGCAGGGAUCGCUCGGCGCGGGAGCAUUCGCGCCUCGCGUGCGUUCCGGUGGGCCCAGUCGGAUGGAGAGGGCCUUCGGGCGGCUCCGACAAGAAGCACGCGGGCACGACGCAAGCUCUCCAGACGAGCCCAUCUCGGCUGCGAUCGAAUCUCCCGGCAACGCCGGCGAUGCUAUAGAGGCUGAAGCGGGCCAAGAGCCUACUUCCAGUAAACGUGCUGCCACCAGUCACGCGACCACUCGCGGGACUCGUAAAAAGCGCAAGACCCGCGGUGCCCCAUCCUCAACCUGA